CACCCAGGACAAGUCACGCCCCCCUCCCCUCGGAUUGGCGGGAAGGGAUACACACGCGCGCGCCAAAGUGACGUCACCCCCUCGGGCGCGCGGCGGACCCGGAAGCGGCGGCGGGAGCGGAGCGGGCAGCCAUGGCGACGCCCAGCUCCUCCCCCCCCCCGCCAAGGGACCCCCGAACCCCCAGAGCCGCCGGUGGUGGCCGAUCCGUCGUCGUUGCCGGUGUCUCCGGUGUCGCACGGCGGCGACGUCGCGGAGGACGAGGAGGAGGAUGAGGAGGUGGUGUCGUCGGUGCCGCCGUCGUGGCCGGGGGGGAACCGCCGCGGGGCGGAGGAGGACGUGACGGCGUCGGGAUGGCGGUGCCGGAGCAAACACGUCUUCGUGCUGAGCGAGGCGGGAAAGCCCAUCUACUCGCGGCACGGCAACGAGGAGGCGCUGGCGGCCACCAUGGGCGUCAUGAUGGCGCUCGUCUCCUUCAUCCAGAGCGGCGGCAACGCCAUCCGCGCCAUCUGCUCCGAGGACCGGACGCUGGUGUUUGAGCAGCGCGGACCCCUCCUCUUGGUUUCGGUGUCGCGCACGCGGCAGUCGGCGUCGCAGCUGCGCCGGGAAUUGGCCUUCGUCCACGAGCAGAUCCUCAGCCUCCUCACCCGCGGCGGCAUCGCCCGCGUCUUCGCCCGCCGCCGCGGUUACGACCUUCGACGCCUCCUCGCCGGCGCCGAAGCCGUUUUGGAUCGUCUCCUUUCCGGCGCGGCCGCCGACGGGCGCCUGUUAUUGGGUGCCGCACGCUGUUUACCGUUACCGGCACCGCUCCGCCGCGCCGUAUCCGCCGCGCUCCGGCGUGCCGCCUCCACCACCAUUCCCGCGCCGGCUUUGGCGCUGUUGGCGGCCGGCGGGCGGCUGGUGACGGCGGCGCGGCAGCGGGCUUUGGCCGAAGGCGGGCGGUUGUGUGCCAGCGACCUCCACCUCCUCCUCAACCUCUUGGGAAGCGGCGUGGGAGCCGGCGAGGUGUGGACGCCGGUGUGUUUGCCGCGCUUCAAUCCCGACGGGUAUUUCUACGCCUACGCGGCGACGCUGGGCGAGGACGAGGAGGAUGGCGGCGAUGGCGGCGGCGUGACGCUCAUCCUGCUGUCGACGGAGCGCGAAGGCUUCUACGCGGCGGCCGGCUGCCGGCGGCGCUUGGAGGAGACGCUGCGGGCGCAGGGGUGGCUGCGGGAGCUGGCGGCGGCGCUGCGGGCGGGCGCGGGGUACGGCGCGGCUCGGCCCGGCGCUCCCGAGCUCCGGCAUUUUCUCUACAAACCCUUGGAAGGGCCCGAGGAGAUGCAGCAGCUCCCGCAGUUCACGAGCCCGGAGCUGGAGGAGCCGUACGGAAGCGAGGAGGAGCAGCAGCGGCUCUUCGAUCUCUACCACCACCUGCACGGGCGGGUGCACAGCGCCCGGCGGCCUCUGCGCCUCCUCUAUCACGUGGCCGAGAAGGAGACGUUGUUGGCCUGGGUGACCGGCAAGUUCGAGCUGUACGGGUGCUUCAGCCCGCUGGUGACCAAGGCCGGCGCCAUCGGCGUGCUCACCAAGCUGCUGCGGUGGCUGAAGAAGGAGGAGGACUGGCUCUUCAUCCGCUACCCGCCGCCAUAUUGCGCCGCGCCCGCCCGCCCCGACGGCGCCGAGCCCGAGGGCUGAGCCCUAAUCCCGGGAAUCGGGGGAAUAAAGCACCGGCAACGAGACGGGGGGAGAGAGAGAG